CCUAGUUCACCUGCAGAUCCUGCUGGCUGUGGGUCUGGCUGUGUUCUGCUCCUGCCUGGUUCUCGGCUGCGUCUUUUGCUAUCGCAGAAGGAAGAGUUUUUCAUCGGCGGACAAGGAGGCCAUCUUCCUGUCUCCUCAUCCCGCCGAGAGGGUGACUGUGACCUUAACUCCGUCGCCGUGCACCCAGCCUGUCAAGCAGCAGUACGAGGAGCUGGAUGGCAACGUGUUGGAGUUGCCUUCCUUUAAAAGCACCUCUUCUCCCUCCGAGGAUGACCUCACCGCCCUGCCCUUUGACCACAGCCCGACCAGACUGGUGCAAUCUCCUGGGUCUUCUUUCCCGAUGCGUCGCCUCAGCACCCCGGCGAUUCCCUGCUCAUCCAAUAAGCCUCGGCGUCGCGGCAGAGCCUCCCUGCCCUCCCUCACUAAGCUGGGCCUGGUGUCCAGGUCCCGUCGGGCGAUGGGUCGCCGCAGCACCGUGGGCGGCGAAAGUUUUCUUUACGCCGAAAGCAGCCAACUAACUGCUGGUGCUGCCAGCGCUCCUGCCCAGCAGAGGGGGCUAUGUAUCUCUCAGUAUGGCUCUAACUCUCUCUCCAACGCCUCCAAGCCGGCUCCUCUCCUUCACUUCUCCCUGCUCUUCUCCUCGGCAUGUGGCACCCUGAUGGUCAACAUCCUGGGGCUCUCGGGGGCCAGUCGAAGGCGCGCCGGGUUGUUUGUCCGGGCCAGCCUUCCUCCCCUCUGCCCCACCCCUCAGCAGAUAGCCUCUCGGCGCCGCAGCCUCAGCCCGGACCUCCACGGCGAAACUUUCGUGCUGCAAGUGGGCUCCGUGGAAGAGCUGCGCGGCUGCACCUUGAGACUUGCUGUCUACAGCAGGGACUUCUCAGGCCUGAGGGAGGCCGCGCUGGGGCUGCUGGAGCUGCCCUGUGAGCAGAUGGAUUUGUUGCCUGACACCACCAGCACCUACACAAGGCAGCUCAGCUCGUCCAAAAGCAAGUUGAAAAAGAGUGUGAGUUCCCAGGAAACGUUGGGUGGCAGGAAGAGCUCGGUGUCUGCGCCGCGGGCUUUGGGCCAGCUGUUCAUCCUGCUGCAGUACCAGACGCCGGCCCAGCGCAUCAAGGUGAUGGUCCGAAAAGCUGAGAAUCUGGCCAAGCUCACACGGAUCCCAGGAGCUCCAGACCACUACGUUGUCAUCAACCUGCGACAGGAUGGGAAAGUAAUUGGUACCAAGGAGACUAAAGGGGCCGGCGGCCCGAACCCCAUCUGGAACGCCCCAUUCCUGUUCGACCUGCCCUCUGGUGACAUCACUCAGCUGCCAUUGGUGCUUGAGUUCAUAGUCAUGCAGGGCCGUCUCUACACGAAGAGCAGCAGUCUGGGUCGUGUGUCGAUUGGCAGCGAUACCUCAGAGGCAGGACAGGGACACUGGAAGGAAAUGUGCAGUCGUCGGCAAAUUGAGAUAACUCACUGGCACGCUGUCCAAUCAGAUGUACUGUAGGUCUUACAGACCGAUUGUCCACUCCGCCGCCCAGUGAAUCAAAGAGAGGUGGAGUUAAAUGGGAAUGACAUGCGAUUGGGGUGCACACGCUUCAAAGUAUUUCCUUUUACUCUAAGGGUCUGUUGUUUACUUUAUCUGUGGUCGCUUUGGCAACUUUGAUAGAUCUCCAUUCCUUUACUCAACAGAUCGAAUAGACAACUCAUCCAAAUGGUCCAGAAGUAUCUGCAGAGCUUUCAAGAGAGAAGCCCUGAACACUGUAUGGAGCUGGAUGUGCAGCAGCUUUCUCCAUACCUACAGUACUCUGUAGCCUGCAUUGCCUUUGUGAUAAUUUCCACUGUGACCUAUUAAAACUGUCGUCUGUAUAACUGUAUCAUUGUGGUUAUGUGAGACUUGCGCUGAUGUUGUCGUACUGUACUUUGCCCAGAGGAUGCACAAGUCAAUGUUGAAUGUUACGGAACAUCUGUGUCGCCAUGGUUUUGCUGUGGUGUAUUACUGUGUCACUAUUUGUCUACAUUCAGGACCGUAAACACCUCUUGUAUGUAACAGGCCAUUGCGGUGGCCUGCAGGGUUAUUGUUUUCCAAUUCCCAAGAGGAUUUCCAAGUUUUGUUCUUGAGCUACAAUAAACAUACACAGAGGCCAUAGCUCCGUUGUGAAUACUAUACAUCUGAGGUUUCAAGACUUUAAUAAUAGUUCCCACUUUAUUCAACAAUAAGGUAAAACAGAUAAAUACAAGAGGGAAUACCCACUUAGUCACGUGUCUGCCGUGUUGCAGUGCAACGUGAGGCCAAGCAGCAGUAUUAUUGAGUGUCGUGCACUACUCGUGCACCGUGGCUCUCUUGCUAUUGCCGUUCAUUAUUGAACACAAUCUGCUGCAGUGACUCCAUUUUUGAUUCACGCCGCCUCCCAAUACAACGGGAGCCUCAAUGGAGAAUACAAAUUCAAUUGAUUGCAUGAUGACUUUUAAUUUUUAUUCCGCAGUCGAUGGAAAUCUGUAAAAUAACAACUGAAAUAGAUGCGGCCUAGCUUCGAGAGCCUUGCACGGGUAAAUAUUAGCUAGUCAAGUGAAAUUAAUUCAGACUAUUAAAACAAUUUCAAUAUUGUUACUCAGUUCGAGUAUGAAUAAUAAUAUUUUACAAAUUAUUACAGCAUAAUUUCUGGGCUCAAGCAGAUGCUUGUCUGGCGUUAUAUUGUCAACGUUAAAAAUACUCAGUUUAAAUGUAGCCAGGACCAAAAGCUCGUGGCUACAUUUAAACCAUCCUGUUUGACCAUACAUUACUAAAUGAACGCUACAGAGCCCAGACUAAAGUAAUCUUCAUAAAACUUUAAUUAAAAUAUUGGAAAAAUUUGACUUCUAGACUAACAAACUGAAGUGGGUUUAAAGAUAAUUUUGAUUGAGAUAAGAUAUUCAUUCGGCACCCGUCACAUAUUCGAUAAUGGCAGGACAUUUAAUAAUAAACUUUGUGGGUGUUUUGAGGGAGGAGUUAUUGUGUUUUGUUUGUACUUAUAAUAUAUGUACCAUGUAGAUGCCUGCUGGUGGCAUGUAUUGUCUUAACUGUAUAUUUGAAAAGGGAAUAGGUUCAAAGAAUUUCAAAUAAAUUGAUAUAUUAUAUAAAAUAA